UGAUACUCUAAAAUCAGCCGUACCGCAACGGCCCAAAUCCCCAAACCCCCACCAUAGGGUGCGUGGAAACCCAUGCUACCGUCCCCGUUUCGUUUCGCGCCUCACCCAGGAACCACAAAUUCUCCCCCUCAAGUUUCAAUUUCAUCACAAAAGUUUGGAGCCAAAACCCCAAGCCUACACGUAUUAGAAUUUAAGUUUAUUUAUUAUUAUAAUUGUAGCUUCUAUUUUUGUAAUUAUGAUUUCGAUUUUAUUUUAAUUUUACAAUUACUAUAAAUACUUAACACAUAAUCAAUUGUCCCAUUGGACGCUCUACACAUCCGAAUCUCUCUCUGCGAAUUCGACAAACCUUUUAUUUUCCCUGAGAAAAUCCUCGGAUUUUCCCGAGAAAGUUGGUUGUCUAAUUUUUAUCGCGGUCGAUUCGGGGAGUGGGUGCGGGGGGUUUUGUUCGAAUUUUUUCUUUUUGUUUUUCGGAGUCUUUGCGAUUCGCCGGGAAAUCGAGUUGUCGGGGCUUGGGUUUUGUUCGCCGUUUUCUGUUCCAUUGCGGGAAUUUAGGGUUUCGCGGAAAAAGUUAGGGCUUAUUGUUGGGAUUUAGGGGUGUUUGGGGAUCGGGAAUUGGAGGACAAAGGGGCGGAGUAGGUGAAUUUUGAGGUGGUUUUGGGAUUUGUUGCUGCGUGGGAGGUGGAAUUUAGGGUUUUGGGUUGGAAAUUGAAUGUGGCUUUGGUGGGUUUGAUGUGUGGAAGAUGAUCAUAAAGCGGACGAUGAAAAUUGAGAUGCCGCAAAUCAAGCGGUGCAAACUCGAACAGCCUGGUGACGACGUUGCUUCUUUGAUAAAACCCAAGAAGCGAAGAAUAGAUGGGAAUGGUCCAGCUGACACGCCUGGCAACGUUGAGGAGGAUAGCAUUGUUGCAGGUUCUUUGUGCACCGAGAUUUCGUACUGUGCCAGCGAAGUGGAGUCGAAUUCGAAGGGCAAGAGGAAAGGAAGGAAUCCAAAAGCGGAGGGUUCUCGUCCUCCAUUAUUGCCGUCUUCGCGAGGUCGUCAUCGGGCACUUCCUUCGCGAUUCAAUGACUCGAUAAUUGAUUCAUGGACGAAGGAGGAUUCAAAGGCUGAUGACAUGGAAUCAAAUCUGGAUGAUUUCGAAGUUGUAGUAUAUGAAAAGGAGAGAAUUGGUACCGGAAGGCAGAAAACUGGCGCAUUGAGAUUAGAGAAACAGCACAAGGAGGAGACAUUUAGAUUGCCAAGUUCAAAUCUCUAUGGACUUUGCGAAAAAGCCGAGGAAGGAGAAGCGGGUUAUGUAGGGUUUAGAGAAUCCGAGAGCAAAAAAUAUUCUUGUUCACAUAGUUCAUUAUCCUCAUUACAUGAUGGCCUUAAUCCACUUGUAGAAGCUAGUGAUUACCCGGGGUUUAACUCCAAAGGUAGGGAGAAAGCAGGGAAGGAUAAAACCGAAAAGCGGAAGGAUUUCUAUAGGCCGGAGGAAUUUGUGUUGGGAGAUAUAGUGUGGGCGAAAUCAGGCAAGAGAUAUCCAGCUUGGCCUGCAAUUGUGAUUGACCCUGUGUUUGAAGCACCAGAAGCGGUGUUGAGUUCUUGUGUUGCUGAUGCAAUUUGUGUCAUGUUCUUUGGAUAUUCCAAAAAUGGAAAACAAAGGGAUUAUGCUUGGGUCAAACACGGGAUGAUAUUUCCAUUUCUAGAAUAUCUGGACAGAUUUCAAGGGCAGACCCAGUUGCACAAGAGCAAGCCGAGUGAUUUUCGGGAGGCAAUUGAGGAGGCAUUUCUAGCCGAGAACGGUUUUUUUGACACAAACAAUGGGAGUGGACAAUUAUCUCGUACGGAAGAGAAUCCCGUUGGGGUUGAAGAAGCCACUGGUUCAAACCAGGAUCAGGAAUCCCACUCUCAGAACCAGGGUGUAUUCAAUAAUGGGGAGGCACAACCCUGUGAUGGUUGUGGCUGUGUUCUACCAUGCAAAAGUUCGAAAAAAAUGAACAAUUCAACUGGUGAAACCCAGCUUUUAUGUAAACAUUGUGCUAAGUUGCGAAAAUCAAAACAAUUCUGUGGUGUAUGCAAGAAGACAUGGCAUCACUCAGAUGGAGGCAAUUGGGUAUGUUGUGAUGGUUGUAAUGUCUGGGUGCAUGCUGAAUGUGAGAAAAUUUCUACCAAACGUUUGAAGGAUCUGGAGGACAUUGAUUAUUACUGUCCUGACUGCAAAGCUAAAUUCAAUUUUGAAUUAUCAGAUUCAGAUAAAUGGCAGCCCAAAGUCAACAGGUGUAUAGAAAAUAAUGGACCUCCUGUGCUGCCUGACAAGUUAGCUGUUGUGUGCACAGGAAUGGAAGGAAUAUAUCUUCCAAAUCUUCAUGUGGUUGUUUGCAAGUGUGGUUCAUGUGGCACAAGGAAGCAAACACUUAGUGAAUGGGAAAGGCAUACGGGUUCUAGAGCUAAAAAAUGGAAGGCGAGCGUUAAAGUAAAGGAUUCUUUAAUACCACUGGAAAAAUGGCUUGCAGAGUAUACUACACAUGGUAUCAAUCCUCUGAAGUUACAAAAACAGCAGUUAUUUUCCUUUUUGAAAGAGAAGUAUGAACCUGUUCACGCAAAGUGGACAACAGAAAGAUGUGCUAUUUGUAGAUGGGUUGAGGAUUGGGACUAUAACAAGAUGAUCAUCUGCAACAGGUGUCAAAUAGCUGUCCACCAAGAAUGCUAUGGGGCAAGAAAUGUUAAAGAUUUUACUUCAUGGGUUUGCAGAGCAUGUGAAACACCUGAUGCUAAAAGAGAGUGCUGUCUUUGUCCUGUAAAAGGGGGUGCUCUAAAGCCUACUGAUGUUGAAGGACUGUGGGUUCAUGUCACGUGUGCUUGGUUUCGGCCUGAAGUUGCUUUCUUGAAUGAUGAGAAAAUGGAGCCUGCUGUUGGAAUUCUUAGAAUUCCAUCUACUUCAUUUUUGAAGGUUUGUGUAAUUUGUAAGCAGACUCAUGGAUCCUGCACACAAUGUUGCAAGUGUGCCACUUAUUUUCAUGCAAUGUGUGCAUCAAGAGCAGGAUACAGCAUGGAAUUGCAUUGUGGGGAGAAGAAUGGAAGACAAAUUACGAAAAAGUUAUCAUAUUGUGCUGUUCACAGGGCUCCAAACGCAGAUACGGUUUUAGUUGUACGUACUCCUUCAGGGGUGUUCUCUGCCCGAAAUCGACAAAACCAGAAACGUGAUCAGAGCUUCAGGGGGUCAAGGCUUGUUUCAUCCAGAAGACCGGAACUUCCUGUAUCCUUGGCAUUAGAGACUAAUGAGUUGGAGCCACUGUCUGCUGGAAGAUGCCGGGUCUUCAAAAGAUCAAUCAAUAAUGUGGGUGCAGGGGCAAUAUUCCACCGACUGAUGGGGCCAAGGCAUCAUUCUUUGGAUGCAAUAGAUGGCUUGAGCUUGUACAAAGAAUUAGAAGAUCCGCAAACAUUUUCUUCAUUCAAGGAACGCCUUUACCACUUGCAGAGAACUGAAAAUCACCGGGUUUGUUUUGGCAAAUCUGGAAUACAUGGAUGGGGCCUCUUUGCACGUCGGAGCAUUCAAGAAGGAGAAAUGGUUAUUGAGUAUCGUGGUGAGCAGGUGAGGCGCAGUGUUGCAGAUCUUAGGGAGGCAAAGUAUCGAUUAGAAGGCAAAGAUUGUUAUCUGUUUAAGAUCAGUGAGGAAGUAGUGAUUGAUGCUACAAACAAGGGGAAUAUUGCACGCCUAAUCAACCAUUCUUGCUUCCCCAACUGUUAUGCAAGGAUCAUGAGCGUGGGUGAUGAAGAGAGUCGGAUAGUCCUAAUUGCAAAGAUCAAUGUCUCAGCAGGGGAUGAGCUUACGUACGAUUACUUGUUUGAUCCAGAUGAACGUGACGAAUCCAAAGUCCCCUGCCUAUGUGGAGCUCCAAACUGCAGGAAAUUCAUGAAUUAGGUUAUUAUACUAAUACCAUCAUGGAAGCCCAGUUUCUUUUUUAGCAGAAAGGGGUACUGAUCCAUCUCCCAACCCAGUGAGAGAAUGGGUCACACAGUUGUUUUCUUUUUUGGUGAUCAAGCAUAUUGAGCUUGAAAUUUUCUUUUUUAAUUGGAUUCUUCAUACCUCAAUUUAUCCUGUAAUCUUUUUCAGCUGCAAUAAAAUGUAAAUUCUCCAGCA